AUGAAAUAUUCUGCAAUUGAAAGUCUUUGUCUAGCCUUAUAUUUCACUGCUGUGAAACUCCGACAUUACAUACUGCCAUUCACCAUCUACAUCAUUGCCAAGACAAACCUGAUCAAAUACAUGCUAACAAGGCCAAUAUAUGUUCCUCAGAAAGCUGUCAAAGGGCAAGCUGUAGCAGACUUUCUAGCAGAUCAUCCAGGGGAGGAGAUUGAAAACAUGGACUCUUUAGACAUAGCAAACACAGAUUUGCUGACUAGAGCUCAUACUUGCCUGAACAACCCCAUCUAUUCAAUUCACCUCACACCUUGGAAGCUGGUUGAAUAUGAAGCUUUAAUCAUUGGCCUAGAAAUUCUGGUGGAAUUAGGGAUCCAAUCUGUGGAAAUCCUGGGAGAUUCUAUGCUUGUAUUGAAACAGAUUGCUGGAGAAUACAAGUGUCUAAGUCCUUCCUUAGCUGUCUAUCUAGUGGUAGCUAGAAACCUUUUGACAGAAUUCAGGGAAGCUACUUGGGAACAUAUCUCAAGAGAAGAAAACUUUGCAGCCAAUGAAUUGGCUCAGGUAGCAACAGGUAUACAAAUGCCUGAAGACUGUGUGCAAAGGAUCAUCAAGGUAGGAAAGAAAAGUCUACCAUCUAUUCUAACUAGAAGGAUGGAGGUAGAUGUCAAUUCUACCAUAAUCACUGAAGAUGAUUGGAGAAAUCCUAUCAUAAAUUACUUACAAUAUCCAACCCUGCCUUCUGAGAAGAGAGUCGGAAUCAUGGCUUUAAACUACCUUAUGUGGAAUGGAGAUUUGGUCCGGAAAAGCAAGGAUGAGGUACUAUUGAGGUGCCUUGGAAAGCAGGAAUACAUGAAGGUCAUAGGAGAAACUCAUGAAGGAAUCUGUGGAGCUCAUCAAGGAGGAAGAAAAAUGUGCUAG